AUGUUUAUAGGUGCACAGUUUCUCGAACAAAUAAAAGGGCAAGAGGCGCUUAAUGAAGAAUUCUUAAUUCCUCGUCCAGCUUUCGAUGCUAUUGCUGAAGAAUAUGAUGGUUUGCUGGAAGAGGUUGAUGACUGGAAGGAACCUUUGGCUUUGUUGCAGGAUAAAUAUAUGCGUGCUUUGGCCGAAACAGAAAAUGUUAGACGACGUAGCCAAAAACAAAUUGAGGAUGCGAAACAUUUCGCGAUCCAAAGCUUCUGUAAAGAUUUGUUAGAAGUUGCCGAUAUUCUCGAUUUGGCAUGUGCUACGGUGAAAAAAGAAGACAUAGAAACAAAUGAGCACUUAAGCAACCUUUUCAAAGGCAUCGAAAUGACUAAGACUGUUUUAGAGAAAGCCUUUGCUAAGCAUGGUUUGGGAAAAGCGAAAUUUGCGCCAGGUUAUGUGGCUGAAGUGGUAAAGAUUGGUUAUUCUCUUAAAGGUCGUCCAAUUCGUGCUGCAAAAGUUGGCGUCGUCCAGUCUGUAUAG